GCGGUGUUUGACCUCCAGAGCUAUAUCAGGCUCAAAGAAACAGAGCAAGGAUGACUGACAAAUGAGCGAGAGAAAGAAAACCGGGCGUUAAAGAGAGAGGGGGAGGACAGACCGAGAGACAAAGACGAGGCGAGACUGUGAGACAGAGUUGCUCCAGUUAACUUGUUGUUUGGUUAGUUUGCAAACCAGGCCAUCAGUCGGCAGAAAUGGGUGAUCCAGCGACCCUGGUGGAGUCUGCCACCCCUCCAGUCGUCACGGCGAUCCCCAUGGUCAUUGCUGGGGAAAUGCAAGAUGGUACUAAAACCCAGUUAGCCAAUAAGAAUGGGAAGAAGGCAGACUCUGGGUCCAGCAGCAGCUUCUUCACCUGGUUCAUCGUCCUGGCUCUGCUGGGUGUCUGGACAUCUGUAGCUGUGGUCUACUUUGACCUGGUUGACUAUCAGGUAGUCCUUGACAAGGCUAAGGGCUUACAAAUUAACCUGUCUGAGGCUUUUCAAGGUAAACUGGUGGCAUACGAUACAGAUGGCGAUGGUGAUUUUGAUGUCGAGGAUGCUAAAGUUCUGCUAGGACUGAAAGAGAAAGCUGCUGUCAUCACUUCCCGUAGAGAAGAAGCCGCUGCCCCAGUGGAGACUCCUGAACCAGAACCCACACCAGAGGCUGUUGUUGAGCCAGACCCUGUGCCUGUGGAAGAGGUGAUUGAAGCUGCUGUAGUAGAGGACACUUCUGCUCCACCAGAGCCUGAACCUGAGAUAGCAGCUGAGCCUGAGGUGGUUGCAUCUGAGCCUGAACCAGAAACUGAGGCUAAACAAGAGCCUGAAUCAGAACAAGAGCCUGUGGAGACUAUUGAGGUCACUGAGGAUGAUCCAAAGGUGCUGGAGGAGGAGCCUCCUGUCAUAGAGGAGGAUGCCCUUGUGGAGGAGGCUCCUGUUAAGGAAACUGUGCAGGAGGUUGCUACAGUUGAGGAGGAGCCAGCAGCUGAGGAGGUUGCAGAGGAGAUGAUGGCAGAUGAGCCUGCAGAGGAGGCAGCAGCUGGAGAGGCUGUGGAGGAGGUGGAGGAGGUGGAGGAAAUGACAACAGAGCAGGCUGUGGAGGAGGUGGCUGUUGAUGAGGAUGUGGAGGAGAUGGAUGUUGACGAUGCUGUGGGGGAACCUGCAUUAGAGGUAGAGGCUGCAGUGGAGGAGUUAGCAGCAGAGGAGGUGGCUGAGAGUGUAGAAGAGGAGAGCCCUCCUGAAGAAGAGGCUAUGGAGGACCAAGCUGAUGACGAGGAGGCUUCUCAUGCAGAGGAAGCUGCUGAGGAGCUUGUUGAAGAGGAAGCAGGGCCUUCAGAAAAAGCUGUCGAGGAGGUAGUAGAAGAUGAGCCAGCCCCUUCAGAGGAACCUCCUGAAGAGCCCGCUGGAGAGGAGGAGGCUACUGAAGAAGCUGUUGAGGAGAAAGCAGAAGAAGAGGAGGAGACAAAUGAAGAAGAGGAGGCAGCGCCUUCAGUAGAGGCUUUGGAGGAGACAGCUGAAGAAGAGGAGGCAGCGCCUUCAGUAGAGGCUGUGGAGGAGAUAGCUGAAGAAGAGGAGGCAGUGCCUUCAGGUGAGUUCGCUGUAGAGGAGGAAGCAGCUCCUUCAGGAGAAGCUCUUGAGGCGCCAGCUGAAGCAAUUUCUUCAGAAGAGGCAGUGGAGGAGACUGCAGAGGGAGAAGCAGCAGACACAGAGGCUACUCCAGAAGAAGUGGAGGACCAAAGAGUCCAAGUCACAGAGACAGAAGAUGUAGCACAGGAAGUAGAGGAGACAGCAGAAGAAGGAGCAGAGUUUGAUGAGACAGAGGAGCAGAUUCAGGAUGAGCCCACAGAAACGUAGAAGCUGCUACGGUCGUCAUGGUGACGGAGCAGGGACCCACUGACGUUGCAUCAGCACCAUCUGAGUGUGCUCAGAAUGAUGAUGCAUCUCUCCACUUCCAGAGAAGCGAUUGAGUCGUUAUGACAACCCACCCACCCAUCUUUUUCCCUCUCCCUCUGUUUUCAUACCUUACUUUAAAUUUUCCUUUUAUUGUCAAAGUGUGAGAUAAUGGAUGAAAACUGUUUACUAAUAUGGUACUCCUGUUUUUACCUUUCUUGUUUUGUUUUUUUUUCAUUAGUUUUUCAUUUCUUUUUUUCUUCUCCAGUAGAGCACCCAUUUCCAUUUUUGUUCAGGGUGGUUUAGUUCUGUGUGUGUGUGGCCAGAUGUCCAGGCCAUGUGAAGUCUAUGUGCUCUACUUGUACUGCAAGUCUGCCAGACUCUUGUAUCAGCAAGCGCUGUAGUAAAUCUGUCUUGGACUUUAUUUUCAUGUCUCUCAGUGACAUAGUUUGGCUUUCUGGAGCUAAUUUCUGUUGCCAAACAGAUGAAGGCAACAAAAACAUUUUCAAAUUUCUUAUUAUAAUAAAAAAUUUAAUUUUCUGCUCCUCUGUUGUAGUAUUAUAUUAAGAAUUUAGAAAGCCAGCUCCAUUCAGCUGUGUCUCUUUCUGGUCACUGUUGUAGAUUAUAUGCAAAGCUGUCGUGAAAUUGUCAACUGCCUCCCCUCUUCAAACCUCUCACCCCUCCUCACCCAUCCAGUUUAUUUACCACUCAGUAUGUGUUGACUCCAGGAUGAGCCAUAUGCUAGCACGUGAACUUGGAGAGAAAGUGUGUGUUUGUGAAUGUAGUGUAUGUGUUUUAUAUGAUGAGUGUGUUCUUGUACAAUGACAAAUCUCUUGCUUAUCAACCCCUUCUGUUAGCAGUAAAUGUCUUGAUGUAGUUUUGAAGACUUGUGUUUAACUUUUUUUCCUCGUUUCCUAAUUAUAUGUACCCGAGUGUGUGUGUGUGUGUGUGUGUGUGUGUGUGUGUGUGUGUGUGUGGUCUGUAUAUCUUUUUUUUUUCUUCAUAUUUCCAUGUACGAAUACCAAGACCAUCUAAACAGACUAUCAAAUAAGUUUUAACUUCAGCUCUUUGAGAUUGAACUUUGAUGUAAAUUAGGAUACUGUUAAUGGUUUAAAGCUGUCACGCUGUGGAGUCAAGAUUCUUUUUCAAACACACCAGCUAUGCAUUGAGGCUAAUUCAGGCAGAAUAGUUAGACUGAAGCAUUUUAAUCCUGUGUGACCCAGACCCCAUUUUCUUUAAUGGUAAGUUCAGUGUAAAAUAUCUGUUAUUUCUGGCUCCCAGAGGGUUAAAUAGAUCAGGCACCAUAUUCCUGUCGAAGUCUAGCCAUAACUAGCUGACUGAAGCCAGUUAAAUGAACCAAGAUCUUUGUUUUUUUCAUCACUGGCGAAAUUUCACUGCCUCAGUCCCUCUGCUCAAAAACUUAGAGUUGUGUGUUUUAUAUAUUUUCUUAAAGGGAACUUGGUGACAUGUUUCUAAUUUUCAGUUCCCUUUUCCUUUGUUACAUCAGAAUUUGUCUUGAAGUUUUUUAAUCAUUGAUCCUUGGUAGCAGGUCUCCUGCAGGCCCAAAAGAUCAGAGCACAAAACAUCAUCCUCUGAAUUAUUCCAUAACAUAACUGAACUUCUGGAAUUAAGACAGUCUAAUGAGAACUUUUGUAUCUUAUUUCGUAGAUGAUAACCAGAUCUGCAGGUAAACAUAUUUUUUCUAUCCCUAUUCUAAGUGUACAUCACCUUGAAUUGGAUAAGAUUUAACUGGUACUCUAAGGUGGUUUUGGGACAGGGGUGCAGCACCCUGAACAACACGUUUCUGUUUUAUGUUCUAUGUGGAUCUGAUGAUGUAGGAGUUAAUUUCAACACAAAACAAAUAUUCUUUGUGUCACUAGUCCUCACAUACUCUAACUAACAGAUUGUUUUUAGGAAUGCAACACCUCCCAGUUGUGUGCAGUAGCUCUUUUUGUUGGAUGUCUUGUCUUCUUUCUGUGUCAUCCUAGUUGGUCUUUUCUACUUCCUAACACUUGUAAGUCAAUGUGAACUAAAAAAAAUCUUUUUAACAUUGAAAAUUGCAAUCUUUACCAAGAGAUAGCUUCUAGAUUUUUAAAAGGAACAUUUUUCAAAAGGUAUCUGAGAAAUAAAGAGAACCUAAUUUUUUUGAAAAUGCUUUAAGCUUUUUUACAAAGCCAUAAGCUGUUUGACACAUGCAGGUUUAAGGGGCUGUACUACUAAAUGACAACAUUUUAUUUUCUAAGAAUACAAGGAAGAGCAAUAAAAUUUAACCAACAGAGAGACCACACUGCAGCAACCCAUUGAAACAGAUUUUUAUGUUUUUCAUUACUAAUCUUUGAUCAGAAGUCCUGUACAUGCUGUAAAGGGUUGUGAUACAUGGGCAGCUUUGUUUACAGGUAAUGGAGGUGGCAGUUAACAACAUACAGUGUUUGGGUAUACUAAGCUCAAAGGUAUUGUGGGGAAAUACUGCUUUUGGUUAAAAACUGCCCCUCUUUGCCUCACAGUGUUGUCUGUCAGUCAUAACCUUCAGUCUGCAGAUCUAUUACUGUCCAGUAGAUGGUGAUGAUGGUGAUUAAAUUAUUGUAAAGUACUGAUGAUGAUGGAUUGUUUAAAGGAGCUUUGAAGUGUCAGUUUUCUGUAGAUGAUAUGUUCUGGGAGCUGCAAUAAAAGGUUUGGGACAACA